AUGGUAAUAUGUCCAUCAUUUAUUUUCUUUAAUAUCAACAGUUUAAUAUAUAUUAAAGUUCGUUUACUAUCUCGUCGUGUUCGAUCAUCAGUAUCGCUUCUGAUUCGUAUAUCUGGCAGUGAACAUAAAUCGAAAAUUAGUCGACGAGAUGUUCGUUUACUUCGACAUAUGAUCAUAAUGUUUAGUAUUUUUAUUGGAGGAUGGACUCCAUUAUAUUUAUUACUUGCUAUUGAAAAUGCGUUUUACAUCCAUCCAAUUUUAUUAUCAUGCUUUACAAUUUGGUGUGAAUUAGCUUUACUAUGUGAUAUAAUUGAUCUUUAUUUAUACAAUCAUGAACUGAGAAAAUAUUUACAAACGAUAUUUUCACGAUGUAUGCCAAAAAUAAAUCAAACAUAA